AUGAAGAUAGGCGAAAGCCUCCGCAAAUACUUCCCCAACCUGAUCACGAACUACCUGUACCCGUCGCUGACGCUGCUUCGCUCGCGGCUGACGGAGCUGGUGGUGUCCAUCGACUCGCAGCUCGUGCUGAAGUGUUUAGAACUCCUGGAUUACCGCAUGCGGCCGCUGACUGGGAAGGACGACCGCCCGCCGCCUGGGGCCGCUUUCAUUGCUAUGCUACCCAAACUAGCGCCGUGCUGGGUGGUGUGGGCGGUUAUAUGGUCGGUGGGCGCAACGUGCGACCACAACGGGCGCGCGAUAUUCUCCGACUUCAUGCGCAAGCUCACCGAGGAGAACGGACUGAAGCCGCUGUUCCCUAAGGAGGGACGCGUGUAUGAUUAUACAUUACACGAUGGAGGUUUCACUGACCCGACUGAUGACGGAGAACCAGCCAACCCGUACUGGUACAACUGGAUGGCCAAUAUGGAGGAGUAUGAGGUCGACCCUGAGUGGCAGUUCGCAGGUUAG